UAGGACGACCUCUCAUUGCUUAUUGAUCAUCUUUUCUUCUUUCACUACGGAGUCGCGAUGCUUUCGUUUGUGUAUACCAUCUUCCUGCUGUUCACUGUGCUUGCGAGCCGAGUGCUUGCUCUGAACAUUACUGUUGGUGGGACCGUCGGGAUUGUCCCUGCCAGCGAGUUCCUUACGGUGAACGACACCUACCUCACCACUACCUGCCAAUCACAAUGCACGUCCGCGCAAACUGCUAUCACGAGCUGCGGCACGAGCAAUAGCUGCCUGUGCAACAGCACGACGGUCACUCUCAUCACCAGUUGCGAGCAAUGCAUGUUCGACGCGUUGAUCGCAGAGGACCUCCCGAUGCCCGAUCCGAGGGCGGGCUCCGCCACCGCGCUGACCGCCUACUCAGCUGCGUGCUUGUCCGACGCGAACGUCACCGUCCCUACCACGGAAAUCGCUCUCACGCUGCCAUCUGACUGGGAUGGCCCGUUCGGCCUUCACCUUGGCAUUCCUGCCACUAUUUUCACCCUAGUGGCAGCUACGACAAUCGGCAGCGGAGCGAUUUGGGUGAUCUGCACCAUGUAA